CCCGGAUCACAGCAUGACCCGUCGUCUGCCCUGAUGAUUGUUUGGCGGGUGAUAACUCAUUCAAAAUUAAUCUCACGGGCUGGAAUAAGGACAUGAUUUAAAUUAGGGGCAGUGAAGUUACAGUUCAUAACCAUGGAUGAAUCAAAUGACAGCAGUUGGUUGAGCAAGCCGAACGAGGCUUUGCUGGAAAGUCAAUAUCCACUGCACACUGCUAUUCGUGAUGGCGAUAUGGAAAGAACUGUGUCUUUGUUGAAAACAGGGCGGUUUGAUCUGUACGAAGAGGACGGGUUUUACGGAUGGACACCUGUUCACUGGGCAGCACACUUUGGAAAACUUGAUAUCCUGAGAAAGCUUGUGUCAAUGUCGAAAGAUGGCUCCCCAGUUGUGAGAUCGAAUCGAUCCCAGGUAACUCCAGCUCAUCUGGCUGCAAUGUCAGGGCACCCCCACUGCUUGCAGUGGGUACUUCAAGCUGGGACUGACCCCUGUAUUCAGGAUUACUGUGGGGAGACACCGCUACAUAAAGCAGCUAGAGCAGGCAGUAUGGAAUGUGUCAGUUUACUGGUGGCACAGGGAGCUGCUAUAGGAUUGAGGAAUCACAGUGGUCAUACUGCCUCGCAGGUAGCCUCUUUAGGAGGUUAUUCAGAGUGUGCUAUCAGUCUGGAGAAAUCACUGCAGUUUCAACAGCAGUCCAUGGCAGCCAACAUCGUCCAGACUCACAUCUGCAAUAAUAAUAACACUGAAAUGUUAUCUCAUCACAUGAACGAUGAAAAUGUUGAGAAGGACCGUCUUGAUGGGGAUCAUCAUGGAAAUGGAGACAUAGAUAUGGACACUCAUUCUGAAGAAUCUAUGCACAAGACACAUGUGAAUUGUUACCAAGUUACCAAUGGCGUUGAUGUGGGUGAGAAUGGUUUCUCUGGCAUGAAACGAGGAAGAGAUGAUUUGGAAGAAGAGGUCUUCAAAAGAAGGCGGUGUGAUGAGCAGCCUUCACACCGUGUUGAGGCCACGUCUCACAAUAACAAUAUACUGAGUUCAUACAAUGCUAUUCUGGCCAUCUCCGCCAAUCCAAGCACUACGUCAGACAGUCAUUCGCCAGAUUUUUUCCACACAGAAGCAACAGUUAUCCCCCCUUGCUCCAUGGAUCCGGAUGAACCUUCCCACCCUACCAAUCCCAUGCCUUCGAGUGGAUCCUCUACCUGUCAUGUGAUCAGCCAGAAUCAAGACAUUCCAGUUAAAUGUUUAGCCCUGCACUCUCAUAUGAUAUGAGCUUUUGUCUAAAAAUUCCCACCCAAGCCAGCCACCCAAGCAAGCUUAUGUGAUAGCUGAAUCGUCCAUGUAUGCCAGUCCCCAGCAGCAUGAUUGAACACCACAAUACUGUGGUGAUGCAGGAAGGUUAUGACAGUCUCCUAGUCAACUCAUUAGCAAGUCAAUAUUAAAUAUUUAUUUUAUAACACAACGCAAGGUCUCCACAAAUAUUUGCUUCCGUGCGGUCAUUUUAGAAGACAGUGUUCUCUGGAUUUGACAGCCAGCUAUGUUACAGAUCCAAGGAGAACUUAUUGUUCAGUGUCAUCCCUGUCAUUGGAUUAGCAUAAAGUUUUGCUGUUUGAUAUUAUAAACAUGUUUAGAUUCAUGUUAAUUUAUUCUUACUUGUAGAAGUGUUAACUUUUGCAGCUGGUCUCACUGCUUAACCUGUUCAAUUUGAAAUUAAGCACAAAUAUAAAAAGUAGUGCCGUUUACCUUAUUGUCACUGAGGAGAGGACGAUACUGCUGAGCAAACUUGAGGAAAAGUUGAUGUGAUCAGUAUGCCAUGAUCAGAGUCCAUUUCAAUUACAAAAGUGACUGGUUGAGUUUACUGUGUAUGUGUAUUUGUUGAGCAUCACAUUGACUGUCAAGGUCCGGGUUAGAAUAUUGAUCUUCAUUACCCAUGCUUGUCGUAAGAGGUGACUAACG